GCAGGAAAAAUGUAGCCAGAUUUCCGGCAAUGCUUACAGUCUUCAUCGAGAACAGCUACUACAACCCUAUGCGACGGAUUGAACUAUUCGGAACCAUUGAUUUUAUUGCCAACUGCGGCGGGCUGCUGGGGCUGUGCCUGGGCUUCAGCGUGCUGAGCAUCGUGGAGGUGCUGUACUGGCUGCUGGUGCGGCCACUGUGCCAGCGCCGCUGCUCCAAGCGGACACAGGCGCGGGACGCCGACGCCCCCGCCCACAAGGACUUCGCCGUCUUCGCCCUCGCCCCGCCGCGCCAGCGCUGA